AUGGUAUGCUAUCAUUUAACACAAGAAAUUAUUGAAAAAUAUAUGUGCAAUUUAAUGAAAAUAGUGGAAACUAAUAGCGCAUUAUUUCCAACAUUCAAUGAUAAUGACUUAAUUACGAUUUUGCACAACGUACAAGAUAUAUACGCUGAAGAGCCAAUAAUGCUACAAUUUGAUUUGCCUAAAAAUGGAUUAAUUGUUGUUGGUGAUUUACAUGGUGAUUUGUAUUGCUUAUUAAAUAUUUUACUCAAAAAAGGCUUUCCACCAAGUACAAAAUAUUUAUUUUUAGGUGAUUAUGUUGAUCGCGGAUUAUAUCAAGUACAGUUAAUACUAUUCAUAUUUUUAAUGAAAUUACGGUGGCCAAAUUAUAUCACAACACUAAAAGGCAAUCAUGAAGAUUAUCAGUGUGGCAAAGAAUAUGAUUUUUAUAAUGAAUGCUUGCGUACAUUUAAACAAGGUCAUCGAUGGUUCACCCAAAUUAAUCAUGUAUUUGAUCAUAUGCCUGUUUGUGCAAUUAUUUCAAAUCAUUUUUUUGUUUGUCAUGGUGGAAUUUCUCAAUGGAUGACAUGUCGAAGCAAUAUAAGUAAUAUCCCAAAACCAACUUAUACCAAUAAUAUGCAUUUUGUUGAAGGUGUAAUUCUUGCUGAUCUUCUUUGGGCUGAUCCCAUUCCUGAGCAAAUAGAAUGGUUUACAUUAAGUAAACGAAAUUGCGGUUAUUCAUUUAAUCAUAAUGCAUUAUGUACUGUUCUUGAUGUGCUAAAAGUUAAAACUUUAAUUCGUGGACAUGAAUAUUAUCCCGGUGGUACUGCUCGAAACUUUGGUGAUGAUACGUGUUAUACGGUACAUAGUACUACUGAUCACUUUUACGAACCAUUUAGUGGAACAUUAAAAUUGGAAAAAGUAGCUGGUAAAUUUGAGGUAGUUGAAAACAGUGAAUUGAUACCACGUAGUGCAGAAGCAAAUCUAUUAGCCCAUGAAAUGCAAUUAGAACUGCAACACUCAUUUCUUCCCACAAUCAUCUCAUAUUGUCGCAUGAGAUGUCAUUGGUGUGAACAACCGUAUCCACUUUACGUAACACGUCGUAAACGUUGCAUUGUAUAUGGUGAUAUAUUGGAUUAUAUGAUGAAAAAUGGAAAGCUUGUAUUGUUUGCCGACAAAUUAAUCAUGAGACUGUAUUGGAGAGGAAUUUUCUGGCGAAGUAUUUCAGCAAUGAAACGAGCAAUCGUUUUAUUUCCUGUGACAUAUGAUAUCAUCUUUGGACGACCAUCAGAUGAUGAUAUUCCAAGAACUUUUCGUGUUUGCGUAUUAGAGGAAGAAUUUGAACUAAUGAAAAAGGCUAGUUAA